AUGGACCAAGAAGAGCUCCAGUUUCUUGGCUUCACUGGGAUCUUCAAAGAAUCCAUCAAAAUCAUCUUCUCAUGGAAGAAAAUCUUCACCAAGAUCACCUUAGCUUUCAUUUUCCCUCUCUCCUUCAUCUUCUUAGCUCAUUUCCAAAUCUCUCAGCUUCUCUUCUUCAACAUCCUUACCCACCAAACCACCCUCAAUAACUCCACCGCCCUCAGUUCCCCUGACUCCGCCAAGCUCUCCCGCGUCAUCUCAUCCGACUGGACUGCUUUUUGGCUUUUCAAAUUAGCUUACUUCACUUUCUUCUUCGUCCUCUCCCUCCUCUCCACCUCCGCCGUUGUUUACACCGUCGCCUGUGCUUACACCUCCAAAACAAUCACCUUCAGGAACAUCAUCACUGUGGUGCCAAAGGUUUGGAAGAGACUCAUGGUCACUUUCAUUUGGAAUUUUGUCAUUAUUUUGGCGUAUAACAUUGUUGCGGCAACCUUGUUCUUCAUCUGGGUAUUUCUAAUUGGUGUUUCCAUAUCUGGGAUUAUGAUUGGCGUUGCUCUUUUGAUCAUAUACUUGGUGGGUUUUGUAUAUAUCACACUUGUAUGGCAUUUGGCUUGUGUGGUUUCUGUACUGGAAAAUGUUUAUGGGAUUAGAGCAAUGGUGAAGAGCAAUGAUUUGAUCAAGGGUAAAAUGGGAGUUGCAGGUUCCAUUUUUGUUCUGCUCGUUGUUUGGAUUCUAGGUAUCGAAUUUUUGUUUGAGAAAUUUGUUGUUCUCGGAUUGGAACUCAAUUUGGGAAUUAGGGUUGGGAUUGGAGUCUUGUGUUCAUUGUUAUUAUUGAAGGUGAUUCUACUCGGCCUUGUUGCUCAGACGGUGAUUUACUUAGUUUGUAAGUCAUAUCACCAUGAGAAUAUUGACAGGUCCUUAUUGGCUGAUCAUCUUGAGGAUUAUCUUGAACAUUAUCUUCCCUUAAAAGCCAAGGAUGUUCAAUUAGAAGAGCUUUAA